UUUGCGGUACUGGGGCUUUAUGGCCACUGAUCGGAGCACUUCGUCGGGCCCAGAAAGCCAAAACGACUGGCAUUUUACCAGCCAGCAAAAAGGAACCCCGGAGUAACUCGGAGUAACGGGAAGCAGGAGCGACUGACACGCGGAACCAUGGGACACGGAGUGGGCUGAACCAGACAGCCCAGCCACGCACACCAGACUCUCUCACUGAGGUCUGUGACAUGGCCACGGCCUCCAGGGCGGAGUCCAGCCAUAACCAUGGAGAAUCUUCACAACUUCAUGCCAUCAUUUCUUGUGCCAAGCUCCGGAGGAAGAAGAGCCUGUUCGGGUCCAUCUACGUGGAGGUGACAGCGGACGGGGAGACGCGGCGCACGGCAAAGACCCACAGCUCCUCCAACCCUAAGUGGGACGAGAGACUCGCACUGAAUGUAUCGCCCCAAUCAGAGGUGGACUUCAAGGUAUGGAGCCACCAUACAAUUAAGGCAGACUCUCUGCUGGGCAAAGCCACUUUGAACCUGCGGCAAGUCCUGGACCAGCAUGAAAGAAAAUUGGAGAAUGUGAAGGAGGUGCUGAAGCUGAGCGUGGAGCAGAAGGGAGCGGCGGUGUCCACGGGGGAGCUGACGGUGUAUCUGGACGGGCUGACGGUCGCUGACCAGGAGGCGGUGCAGCCCCUGACCAACGGCAACACAACAACCACCAACCCCACCAAAACCCAACAGAACGGAGAUGCCAUUCAUGAAAAUGGCGAAGAUUUGUCUUCCUCUUCAAGGGCAGCCAACAGCACAUCGAAUGGUACGGAAGCGGGACCAGCCAAUGGCUCCAGCCCAGGCUCCUGUUCAGCCCCCAAUGGCGAAGACACCGAUUCGGUGCACGACCCUUCCUCCCUUCACAACCCUUGCCCUGUCGUCAACGGAAACGCCACCACAUCCAACCUCACCGCUGCCUGCAAACCCCUAGACAGUGACGCAAGCACCACCACCACCACCACCAACGGCACUGUGAACGGAGACGGCGUUGACGCAGCCCACCCCUCUUCUACCGCAGCAACAGAGGACGCACCGCCCUCCUCCCAGAGCCAUGAAGACCCUAGCCAGAACCCCGUCCCGCCAGACCCAGACCCGGCCGCCGGCAGCACAACCCCAGGCCCCGCCGCCGCCGCCACCACCACCACCUCCUCGUCCUCCGUUACUGCAGCGCCUGCUGCUCCCUCCGACUCCAGCACCCCGACCCGUGCGUCAGCUGCUCCCGCCCCGGACCCCGCGGCCGGGACGUCGCCCUGCCCUGCUCCGGGGGAACCGGCACCCCCCCCCGGGGGGGAGGGCGGGGCUGUCGCCGGAGGCACUGAGGACCCACCGGCGGACGGGGCCAAGCCCAGACAGCAGACGACCCCCAGCAGCACGGCGGCCGCCUCCGACGCCCUGCCGCCGGGGUGGGAGCAGAGGAAAGACCCACAUGGCCGGACGUACUACGUAGACCACAACACCAGGACCACCACCUGGGAGAGGCCGCAGCCUCUACCCCCAGGCUGGGAGAGAAGGGUGGACGACCGGGGCCGUAUCUACUACGUGGACCACAACACCCGCACCACCACGUGGCAGCGGCCCACCAUGGAGUCGGUCCGCAACUUUGAGCAGUGGCAGAGCCAGAGGAGCCAGCUUCAGGGAGCCAUGCACCAGUUCAACCAGAGAUACCUCUAUUCCGCCUCCAUGAUGUCGGCGGAGAACGACCCCCUAGGCCCGCUUCCGCCUGGCUGGGCAGAGAGGCGUGUGGACUCCAACGACCGCGUGUACUUCGUCAACCACAGCACUAAGACCACGCAGUGGGAGGACCCCCGGACACAGGGGCUCCAGAACGAGGAGCCGCUCCCAGAGGGCUGGGAGAUCCGCUACACCAGAGAAGGGGUGCGCUACUUUGUGGACCAUAACACCCGGACCACCACCUUCAAUGACCCACGCACCGGAAAAUCCUCUGUCACCAAGGGGCCUCAAAUUGCCUACGAGCGCAGCUUCAGGUGGAAGCUCGCCCACUUUCGCUACCUGUGCCAGUCCAAUGCACUUCCCAGCCAUGUGAAGAUCACUGUGUCGAGACAGACCCUGUUCGAAGACUCUUUCCAGCAAAUUAUGGCCCUUAAACCCUACGACCUGAGAAGGAGGCUCUACGUCAUCUUCAGAGGAGAGGAGGGACUGGACUACGGUGGCCUGGCUCGGGAGUGGUUCUUCCUGCUGUCCCACGAGGUGCUCAACCCCAUGUACUGUCUGUUUGAGUACGCCGGCAAGAGCAACUACUGCCUGCAGAUCAACCCCGCCUCCACCAUCAACCCUGACCACCUCUCCUACUUCUGCUUCAUAGGGCGCUUUAUCGCCAUGGCGCUGUUCCACGGCAAGUUCAUCGACACGGGCUUCUCGCUGCCCUUCUACAAGCGCAUGCUCAACAAGAAGCUGCUCCUGAAGGACCUGGAGUCCAUCGACCCAGAGUUCUACAACUCCCUCAUCUGGAUCCGGGACAACAACAUAGAGGAGUGCGGCCUGGAGAUGUUCUUCUCGGUGGACAUGGAGAUCCUGGGCAAGAUCACCUCCCACGACCUGAAGGCCGACGGCACCAACGUGCAGGUCACCGAGGAGAACAAGGAGGAGUACAUCAGCUUGAUGGCAGAGUGGCGGUUCUCCCGGGGGGUGGAGGGCCAGACCAAGGCCUUCCUGGACGGGUUCAAUGAGGUGGUUCCGCUCCAGUGGCUCCAGUACUUUGACGAGAAGGAGUUAGAGGUGAUGCUGUGUGGCAUGCAGGAGGUGGAUCUGCAGGACUGGCAGAGGAACACUGUGUAUCGCCACUACACUAGAAACAGCAAACAGAUCAUUUGGUUCUGGCAGUUGGUGAAGGAGGUGGACAACGAGGUGCGUCUGAGGCUCAUGCAGUUUGUCACUGGGACCUGCAGGCUGCCGCUGGGGGGCUUCGCCGAGCUCAUGGGGAGUAACGGGCCUCAGAAGUUCUGCAUCGAGAAGGUGGGGAAGGAAACCUGGCUUCCCAGAAGUCACACAUGCUUUAACCGGCUGGACCUCCCCCCCUACAAGAGCUUUGAGCAGCUGAAGGAGAAGCUGCUGUUCGCCAUCGAGGAGACUGAAGGAUUCGGACAGGAGUAGAGAGCCAACAAGAGCAUGGCGGGAGGACGGGGGGAGGCGGGGGGUGCUUCAUCACUAUCUCCCCCUCCCUCCCUCUCGCGCUGCCUGACCCACCCCCUUCCCCCUC